CCAAGAUGGUGGCCGACAAUGAAGACUCGAGGUUGUUGGAAGUAAUCAAUACGAAAUACAAGAAAAAACCCGGAACUCUACGCCUUCUCACUAACACAUUAACAUGGACUCUUCAUGGAAGCAACGCAGCCAAAAUAGACUGCAAAUAUUCGGAGAUCAAAGUUCAAAGAAUAAGUCCUGACGGCAGUUCCAAGGUUCAGCUUCAGAUUGUUUUACAUGAUGGUAGCUCCUAUAGCUUUCAUUUUACCAACACUUCUGAGCCAAAAGCAAGACAGGAACGAGAUGAAGUCAAGGAAUUACUGGCUCAGUUGAUACCGGCACACCGUAUGAAAGCAACCAAGGAAUUAGAGGAGAAAAACAAGAUACUAAAAGAAAAUCCAGACAUAUACCAGCUAUAUAAAGAUCUUGUUGUCAGUGGUGUCAUAACAUCUGAAGAAUUUUGGGCCAACAGAGGAAAGGUAGUUAGAUCUCUUAAAGAGGAUGAUAGUGAUAUUCAAUCAGUUGGAUUGUCUUCAAAUCUAUUGGGGGAUGUCCAGCCAGAGAGCUCAGGAUGUAAUGAAGUUAAAUACAACUUGAAUGCUGACACUAUUGAGUCAAUAUUCAAAACCUAUCCGGCAGUUAAAAAGAGACAUGCAGAAUCUGUUCCUGAUAAGAUGACAGAAAAAGAAUUCUGGACAAAGUUUUUUCAGUCUCAUUAUUUUCAUCGUGAUAGAUCUGCAAGUGCUAAGCAAAUGGGUACUGACAUGUUUACACAAUGUGCCAUUCAAGAUGAACAAGAACAACUUGCUAGUAAAUUGUCUGAGUUCAAAGACCCAAUCCUGGAUCUUGCAGAAGCAUCGCCUUUACCAGAUGAGGGUUAUGGUAUUGUAGCAGGAGACCUUCCAGAACAGGCUGCCAAAGACUUGUCAUCUGGACAGUCAUUGUUUCGCCGACUUAACCACCAUAGUUUAAUGGUCUUACAGACAUUACAGUCAGCAACGAAUACAAAAGUACCUGAAGCAGAACAAAAUGGAGAAGUCAAAUCAAGUAAAGAACCUCCGACUAAAAAGAGUCGAUUACGCGAGAUAUUGGAGUACGAGGAUCUUCAGGAGAGAGAGGCAGAAAAAUUACAAAGUCUAAAGAUUCCUAGUACGAACACGUAUGGCGUGGGGCAUACUGUAGAUAAUGUUGAGAAUGGAUUUUCGAUUCAUUCGAAUGAAAGUACUAUAGACGACCAAACAGCACUACAAUAUUGUAAAUAUGAAACAGAAAACUGGGUUCCACGUUUAACUCAGGUUCUUUCAAGUGACCAGGCUUGUCACGUCCUCACAGAAAUGUCACCUGGAGGUUCUUUGAUGGAAAGCACCUCAGAUAUCAACAUGCAACAUAUGGUGUCUAGUUCCGUCGAGAAGGAAAUCAAGGAUCAAUACAAUGCUCUAGCGGAACUACUUAGACAUUUUUGGUCGUGUUUUCCGACGAAAACUCCUUCGCUAGAAGAAAAGCUCGUGCGAAUGGGUAAAAGUCUUGAAAAGUAUCGUGAUAACAAUCUGGUGCACCUGAAAUCUAAACUGCCCCAAGAAGAGUCUCACCUGACAAACCACCUUGAUCAAAUGAUAGAAGCCGCCACCACGAAAUUCAGAACCUGGGAAUCCAAAAGAUCAAAUCCAAGAAGCUUAACCAGCUGACAGUGCUCCAAGGUCAGCGGUCAUGCGAUGAAACUUUCCGUUACCAUGUUUUUCAUGUACAAAAACAGGUUCAGCAAGUUGUUUUUCUAUUUUUUUCCCAGUCUUAUAAUUUAGUUUCGUCCUUAAAAAUUCCUACAGUCUAAGCUCAAGUAAUAAGAAAUUUGUAAUUUACUACUGAGCCCGCGUUUCUUGAUGGUCUGCGAGUAUUUUUCAACCGCUGAUCGCCAAGUCUGACAUUCGGAGUAGCAGUUUAGUUAUUUUCUAUUUCUUACCGCGGUACGGUAUCCUGGAUACCGGGAUAAGUGCGAUUGCUAAAAACCAACAAAACAGAAAAACAAUAUGAAAGGCAAAUGAAAAAAAUGAA